AUAAAAACGUCGGUUGACAACGGCAGACGUUUACUCACAGCAAAAUGUCUGACUGGGAACCUCCGGAGACGAAGAAAAUACAUUUUCCUUCGUUCUUCGACAAAAAUGGAAACCCAAAAUAUGAUGAUGGUGGACUUAUUCGCGCUAAUAAAACAGCUGGCAAGGAACCACGGGGAAUAAAAAAGAUACACAUACCUUCAUUCUUUGUCAAAAAUAGAUCUAGUACCAAAGAAGACGACAGCAAUGAAAAUGCGGCAUUAGAAAAUUAUAAUAGAAUAACGAAUAUAUUCCUGGUCCGGCUAGGAGGUCAAGAGGUCAAAAAUGCUGUGACCAGAAGUUUUAAUGUGACAACAAAUGAGAUGAAGAACGAAAAGAAAAAGAAAAAGAAGACCAAAAAUGUUAUUAAGAGAGAACCCGGUCAGAAAAAUGUAGAUAUUCGGGAAGAAGAAGAAUUAGAAACAGCAGACGACUCAAAGACGCGUGGCUGUUUUGGUUUUAUAAGAAGAUGGUCAUCAAAGAAAAGGCGUGAUAUAGAUGCCCACAAGAUCAACGUCGACGUCCAUGGCGCCAACUUCCACUCAUUUUAACUUUCAUGCCGACCGACCGCUACCUUCAAACAUAAUGACAGUUAAAAUUUUUCUUGACACGGGACUUUAAAGAAUGUGAUCAAAAUUAUAAAUUGAACAAAUAAAAUAUUUAAAAAAGAAAGAAAGAAAAAAAGUUAAGUU